UCCCUCUUUUUAAGUAAUCCUUCCCACUCAAAUCGCACACUCUCUCUCUCUCUCUCUCUCUCUCUGAAGAUACCAACUUCCUCUUUCCUCUUCUUCCAAUGGCAGCUACAGAAGCCAAGACAGAAGCCAAGACAGAAGCUAAAGAGGCACCUAAAGAAGUAGUUGAAGAAACUUUUGCACCUCUCAAAGGCAAGACAUGGGUCUUGAAAGUCUCCAUCCACUGUGAAGGCUGCAAAAGAAAAGUAAAAAAGGUUCUAGUUGACAUUGAAGGUGUCUAUAAGGUAGAUAUUGAUUUGAGGCAACAAAAAGUCGUCGUAAUAGGGAAUGUAGAGUCAGCGACUUUGAUAAAGAAAUUGGUAAAGUCGGGGAAACAUGCAGAGCUUUGGCCUGAAAAAGCUGACUCAAAAGAGAAAAAGCGCAGCAAAGGAAAAAACAAAGAGAAACAAAGCGAACAAGAAAGCUCUGAAGAAAGCAACCAUGGUGGUAAUGACAAGGAAAAAGAGACAGUGAGAGCUCAAGUUCAAAUCCAAGACCCCUCUAAAAAUGGUGAAGGUGGUAAACCCGGUGGACAAGCGAAGGAGCCAAAGCCUGAGGUGAAGCAAAAUGUGACCGUAGCGGCCGGUAGCCAGUCACCGAUGGCUGAGCAGAAGGGUGCUGGUGACGGUGAGAAUGGGAGUGAGAAAGUUGGCGGCGGCGGCGGCGGCGGUGGCGGGAGUGGCAGUGGAGGUAAGAAGAAGAAAAAGAAGGGCAAAAAAGCGACCAUCAAUGUUGAUGAGGCUGAACAUUCUGGUGAUGCACCGCUAAGCAGUGAAUCACCAAAUCAUGGGCAUGGGCAUGGGCAUGAUCAAGAUCAAGGUCCAAAGAUGACUCCAAUUCCAGCUGCAGAACAUCAGAGCCAUCCAACUCAGCAUGUGUACCAUCAAUACUCGCCACAUCACUAUGCACAUCCAGUGUACGCAACGAGCUACAGUAGGGCACACCCUGUCAGUAGCCACGUCACAUCACACUACUUCUCGCCACCACCAUAUGCGCACACGUACGUGCAGCACCCGGUUCACGACAACGAGACCGAGCCUCCACCGUCCGAUUACGACACGUACUCAUCGCAUCAAUCAGAUUCGUUCGAGUUAUUCAGCGAUGAGAAUCCAAAUGGGUGCUCAGUCAUGUGAGUGAAAAUGGCGGACGUUGGAGAUUUUGGGUAUAGGCAGCUUAUACUGCUGGUAUAAGUAUGAGCCAAUGGCCGAUAAUUUUUGUGAUGUAUGUAGAUAUAUGAAAUGACAUAAUGGGGCUUGUUCUAAUGGGGUUUUGGGUGGGUAUUUGUGGUUAUUUAGCUAAUAUUUAGCACUGUUUACCGUUGA